AUGGCACCGAUUCACCGCGUCACCCUGUUCAAGAUUGAAAGCGAAAAUGACCGGCAGCACUUGCUAGAACUGUACCGGCAGAUGCCGACCAAGGCAGUCAAGGUACGCCGCCUGCUCUCCGCCCCUUUUGCAACAUUACUUUUCUCACUCGUCACCCAGGAUGGCAAGCCGUACAUUCAGUCGGUGACGGCUGGGCCGACCAAGCCGGACCAGCGGGCGCAGGGGUUCACGUUUGCCGCCAUUUCCGUGUUUGCGUCCCUCGAGGACAUGGAGUACUACGACAAUAGCUGCGCGGCGCAUGCAAACCUCAAGGAGUUUGCGAAAAAGGCGCACUCGGGCGCCAUGAUGGUGUAUUUGGAGAAUGGCCUGUAA